CACGAUCGUAGCGGCAAUCCAGUGCUAAUGCGGCCAUCCUCCCAUAUACCCCAGCUUCACCAUGGACGCCGGGCAGUUUCAGUGUCGCGUCUGUUCUAAACGAUACAAACGCAGAGAGCACCUUCAGCGCCACAGCAGUUCACAUUCCUCCGAUCGGCCCCAUCGGUGCGCGGCAUGCGACAGCACUUUCCAGCGAACAGACGUCCUCAGGCGCCAUAUACGAACGUGCUCUGGAAGGGAAACCGACAGCUGCCACGUUUCAGGACGGAGACGAUCCUGUAUUCGUUGUAUCCGGCUCAAGAAGGCCUGCAAUUCUGCCCAGCCAUGCCAGCGCUGCUUGUCGCAGGGCGUGCAAUGCCAGUACUCCUCCGCCACCCCCACGUCUGGCAGGAAACAGUCGGAUGCCUCGACGAUUGAGCUUCCCAAUCCUAUUGACCUGGACCCGGACUUCUCCAGUUUCGAGCGCAGUCUUAUGCCCGUCACGGCCUUUCCACUCGAUCUGCCUAACCCGCCGCUCGGAAACAUGAUGCCCAGCCCUUCAGACACGCCGUUCUUCCCUGCAGGCCUUGAUUAUUCAAGCCUCAGCUGGCAGGACUUCUUGACGAUGACGAGUGAAAGUCAAACACUACGGACUCCCCCAAUUAUGGACACGGACUGUACCCGAUCGCUGCGCUUUUUAGACAAGUUCACCAGCAAUACAGGCCUCGUUGCCAGUUUCGACUGUGGGACUGAAGCUCAGAGAACAUGUAUUCUGUCGCCGGUGAUUCAAGGUUCGACAACCUGGCUAGAUAACUCGCUGUCUCUCAAGACGCAUCAGAUACUCUUACUGGUGAAGGAGGUGGUCACCAUCAAGCCUCGCAACAGUGCCGUCUCGCUGGACUGGUCCCCUGUUUUGGAGCAGAUGUGUCUUGAAUUCUUUUCGCCCCCGAGUCUUCGCAAGUAUCUCGAGUUCUACUGGGCUAUAUGGCAUCCCAAUGUUAAUAUCAUUCACCGGCCUAGCUUUGACCCCGUCCAGGCGAAGCCGGCUGUGCUAGCCACGAUGGCUCUUAUCGGAGCCUGUGUUUCUCCCGAUCCGUCAGAUAACCAAAACGCCCAGACGUGGUUCAACUGUGUUGAAGAGUUGGUCUUUAUUGAUGAGGACUUCAACAGCGACGUCUCCUUCUCGUCAGGCAGUCUGGGUGUGCGGCGAAACAAAAUCCAGGCCCUCCAGGCAGCCUACAUGGUGUGUUUAUACCAGACAUGGGAAGGAGACGAUGCCAGUAAACGCAGAAUUCGUCGCAAUCGAUUUGCAACUCUGGUCUCAACAGGUCGAGAUAUCGGGAUCCCCAUGGCCAGACAUAUAAACUAUAGCCAACAAGCGAGAUGUGAAUUCGACUGGUUACAAUUUGCUGUUCGAGAGGAAUUCGUCAGGGUCCUUACGUGGAUAUUCCUGCUCGAUACUGCGUUUACAAUAUUCAACAACCUGCCCCCUCGAAUGGUGAUCAAGGAAAUGAAGAUCCAUACGGCCGUCCCCGAGGCGUGCUUCCAGGCCAUGACUGCCGAUGAGUGCUACGAGCAGAUCCAGGUUUGGUUGCCUUCUGAAAGUCUCUUUUGGGAGAUCUCGCUCUGCAGCGCCUUUCAGGUUCUCUGUAGAGAUACUUUGGAAGUCAGAGUGCGUGAUGGUCUCGCGGCCUUGGGACCCUUGAACUUGUUUACCUUGACAUCCGCUAUUCACUCGCUCAUAUUCCAGUACCGAAACUCCUGGGGCAGUCUGCAGCUCCUUUCCCCGGUCCACCACGCCCUGAACAACUGGAAGGCUGUCUGGCAACAGUUUGCUUCGUCCCUCGUUCCAGGGAUGUCACCUCAUGUAACUGUGAAUCACAACGAUCUGCAGCCUGAAAACAUGUGGAAGCGGGUUGGCUUCUGCAGUUACUGUCCCGAAUACUGGCUCCUGGCCAACCUCAUGACGGACAAGCUCACGGCACGCAGUUCAACCGGUAGUCCGGGGGUUAAUGAACUGGCACGGCUGGACGAUGGGCCGCUGGACUCGAUUCUGAAUAAAUAUGACCAGACGAGCAUGCGCCAGGUGAAUGAUUUGAUUCUCAGCUUGUCUGAUUUCCGGAUAGCGGGAUGACCUUGCUUCAUAGCUUUGCUAGCAUAUCUAUCGGGAUUAACCAAUUAACUCUUAUAAUUACAUAUCUUUCACGUG